GGAGCUCGGCGCUCUCACACAUACUCGCACAUCUCACUCACCCUCUGGACCAAGGUGCGACUCACUCGGACUCUCCGCGGGACUUUUGAUGCGGCGACACAGCGGACUAUGAAUUUACAAGCAAGACGUCGACCCAUAUCUGUAGACGAGUGUUGUGGAGAAAACGGAUUUUAACGCAACAUCCUGAAAAAAGGGAGCGCGCGCGGCUUCUCUUCAUCCACCAACUGUGUACCAACACCAUUCUGGAUACAACUGCUGCUCGCUGUCACGGGACUGACUUUCUGAAGUGGGGACUUUUGUAUCUGGGGGUGAAUUGUUGAGAGACUUGUGUCAGAGCGGAGUUGGUCUGUUCAUGAUGGGCGCGCUACCUGGCAGAGGAGGUGGAAGAGAACGGGGGUCCGAGUCGCUGACCUGGCUUGUCAUUGUGCUUCUGGCGGAAUUUGGAGUCGCUCAAGUUGACGAUGACUUCAUUGGACUCGGAGAAUUGCCGGAAACUUUUCCUUCAGAUCCGCCGGAGCCGCUGCCCGUGUUUCUCAUGGAGCCGGAGGAGGCCUACAUCGUGAAGAACAAACCAGUGAACUUGUACUGCAAAGCCACGCCGGCUACGCAGAUCUACUUCAAGUGCAACAGCGAGUGGGUCCACCAGAAGGAGCACACGGUGGAGGAGCGCGUGGACGAGAACUCGGGCCUGGUGGUGAGAGAAGCCAGUAUAGAGAUCACUCGACAGCAGGUGGAGGAGCUUUUUGGACCCGAGGACUUCUGGUGUCAGUGUGUGGCCUGGAGCUCUGCGGGGACCACCAAAAGCCGAAAGGCGCACGUCCGUAUCGCCUAUUUGAGAAAAACCUUUGAUCAGGAGCCUCUUGGAAAGGAAGUUUCACUGGAGCAGGAAGUCUUACUUCAAUGUCGACCCCCUGAAGGCAUCCCUGUCGCUGAGGUGGAGUGGCUGAAAAAUGAGGAGAUCAUCGACCCGGCUGAAGAUAGAAACUUCUACAUCACCAUCGACCACAACCUGAUCAUCAAGCAGGCCCGACUCUCCGAUACUGCAAACUACACCUGCGUGGCCAAGAACAUUGUGGCCAAGAGACGGAGCACCACGGCCACUAUCAUCGUCUUCGUUAAUGGUGGAUGGUCCACGUGGACGGAGUGGUCGGUGUGCAACAGCCGAUGUGGGCGUGGCUACCAAAAACGCACACGUAGCUGUACCAACCCCGCGCCUCUCAACGGCGGCGCCAUCUGUGAAGGGCAGGGCAUUCAGAAGCUGGCGUGCAAUCCCCUCUGCCCAGUGGAUGGCCUGUGGACAGAGUGGAGUAAGUGGUCCACCUGUGGGACAGAGUGCACCCACUGGAGGAGGAGAGAAUGCAACGCUCCGGCACCCAAAAACGGGGGGAAGGACUGUGAGGGCAUGGUGCUCCAGUCCAAGAACUGCACGGAUGGGCUGUGUAUGCAGAGUUCCUUUUAUCAGAAGUCAUCUGAAGCUAAAGACAUGAUUGAUUUGGAAAAUUCAUUGGCACCCAGCACAGAUGAUGUAGCGCUGUACGUGGGGAUAGUCAUCGCCGUCAUCAUGUGCCUGGUCAUCUCCGUGGUGGUGGCGCUCUUCAUCUACAGAAAGAACCACAGAGACUUCGACUCAGACAUCAUCGACUCCUCAGCUCUCAACGGAGGUUUCCAGCCGGUCAGCAUCAAGACCACACGUAAAGCUGAUCUCCUGACUGCUCCCCCUGACCUGACCUCGGCAGCUGCCAUGUACCGAGGUCCUGUCUAUGCCCUCCACGACGUGGCCGACAAAAUCCCCAUGACAAAUUCCCCCCUGUUGGACCCCCUCCCCAAUCUGAAGAUCAAGGUGUACAACUCCUCGGGUCUGGUGACUCCACAGGACGAUUUGGGAGGAGAGUUUUCCUCGAAGCUCUCGCCCAAAUUGCAACACUGCCUCAUGGACGGGGAGAACACGCUGGGCCGACGCACCCAGACACAGACGCUCAUGCGCACCAGAGACCCGUCCUGCACAGCGGUGGGGUCCUUUAGCUCCCAAGGCGGGCAUCUGAUCGUCCCUAACUCAGGAGUGAGUCUCCUGAUUCCCGCCGGGGCCAUUCCACAGGGCAGAGUGUAUGAGAUGUACGUGACGGUGCAGAGGAAGGACAACUUGAGGCCCUCGGUGGAUGAUGGUCAAACAGUGCUGAGCCCUGUGGUGAGCUGCGGUCCCCCCGGGGCCCUUUUGACUCGGCCCGUCAUCAUCACCAUGCACCACUGUGCCGUGUGUGACGGGCAGCAGGACUGGCUGAUCCAGCUGAAGAGCCAGUCGCCUCAGAACAAGUGGGAGGAUGUGGUGGUGGUGGGAGAGGAAAACUUCACCACGCCAUGCUACAUCCAGAUGGACGACGAGGCCUGCCACAUCCUGACGGAGACGCUGGGAACGUACUGCCUUGUGGGUCAAACGCUCAGUGCUGCCACCAUUAAACGCCUAAAACUAGCCAUCUUCGGCCCGGUCACCUGCCCCGCCAUGGAGUACCACAUCCGAGCCUACUGCCUGGACGACAACCAGGACGCACUCAAGGAGGUUUUACAAAUGGAGAAGCAAAUGGGAGGGAAGUUGUUGGACGAACCGAAGACUCUAAACUUCAGCGACAGCACGCACAACCUGAGACUUUCCAUUCAUGACGUUCCUCACGCUCUGUGGAAGAGCAAACUUCUAGCCAAGUACCAGGAACUGUCCUUCCAGCAGGUGUGGAGCGGCUCUCAGAGGAACCUCCACUGCUGUUUCACCCUGGAGAGAUUCUCCAGCAGCACCGUGGACCUCAACUGCAAAAUCUGCGUGAGACAAGUGGAGGGGGAGGGACAAAUCUUCCAGCUGGACACCACCCUGUCGGAGGACUCGCAGAGUAUCGACACGUCGCUGCUGGACCCGGCCAGUAACAUCACCACCUUGGUGGGGCCAAACGCCUUCCGCAUCCCAGUGUCCAUCAGGCAGAAGCUGUGCGGCAGCCUGGACGCUCCGCAGACCCGAGGCAACGACUGGAGGAUGUUGGCCCACAAACUCAACCUGGACAGGUAUCUCAACUAUUUUGCCACCAAGUCCAGUCCCACUGGAGUCAUCCUGGACCUGUGGGAGGCCCAGCAUUUCCCUGACGGCAACUUGAGUCGCCUGGCGCAGGUCCUGGAGGAGAUGGGUCGCCACGACAGCCUCGUGCCGGCAGCCGGAGAGCAUUGACGUCUCCUCCAUCAUGAAAAUGAAAAAAGAUCAUUCAUAAAAGUGAUGGAUUGCCAAAAGCAAAAGGCAACCUCAUGACACACACACCAACGCAGCAAGUGUGUGUGUGUCGGUGUGUGUGUGUGUGUGUGUGUGCAGAGCAAAAGAAGACGGGAACAUCCCGGUCUACUCAUCCGUGACCCAGUUAAACACUGGCAACAAAAGGUGUAAAAACUUGGAGGGUAAACAAGAAUCGCUGCCAGUCAUUCCUCUCGCGCUGAUAUUUUUGGAUCUGGUUUCCUUGGAAACAGCUGUCCAGAUAUUUGGACUGAGCGGACAUGAUUUUCUUCGCCAUCGCUUCAAGAAGUGACAUCAAAAGGUCAAGAGGGGCUCCAAUUAGUUUCCAUGUCAGUUUCCAUAGCGACACCACGGACGUGUUCACCGAGUGUUUAAUUACACCACUAUUUAUAUGCUUUUUUUCCUUUCUUUCUUUUCUUUCUUUCUUUCUUUUAGAGCUGUUUAGAAUACUUUUGCAGUGUCCCUGUGACGUUUCAUGAUGGCGCUUGACUGUAUCAUAGCGCCCCCAGGUGGACGCUUGCGGUCAUCAGCCACAGAGGGACACAAAUGAUGUAAUCACUUUUUAAUGUUGCUUUUGUGUCUAAUUCAUUUCGUAUAUUGUUUGAUGUUUCAUUCACGCUUCGCUCGGCGAGUGUUGCCAGGUUUUAUGGUUGAAAAAGUCAAACGUCAUCGACGCAAGGGCAGGAAUCAGGAAGGAGAUAUUUAUUUGUGGUUUGCCAUGAAGAUGUAUUUUUCUAGCGACAGGACUACUGCUUUCUACCAAAUAACUGACAACAGCUGUUGAAAUCUGAAUUCCUAUCACCGAAUAUCGAGUGUUAUUUAUGAGAAAUACCACGUUUGUGCGUUCAUGACGGAAGCCAUCAGUGAUUGUGAGGUGCAUUCAGGAUGAUAACUUGUACAUGCAACAUUCCUUCCACGCAGUCGUGGCUGCUUUUCGUUUUGGUUGUUUGUCGCGGCAGUUUUUUGUAAAGAGGUCUAUGCAAACUUUGCAUCUGUUCUUUCACAACGUUCAGCUUCAUGGUCCAUUGUGAGAAUGUGUCCUCUCACCUGCUCCAGUCUCACUGUCAAGUUAAUGUACAAAGUGUAAGAAAGAAUUUUUAAGACUAAUAAUAAAUUAUA